AUGUGCUUGAGUAGGUCUGAAUAUUUAUUCGGUUUACCUACAGCACGAGUUAAAUGUAUUGACUUUCACGAGAGUAAUCAGCUACUUCUUGCAGCUUUAUUCAGCGGAACUGCGAUAGUUGUUGAUACAUUAGCAGGAAAUAUCGUGAAAUCAUAUACAGUUCAUGAAGGAUCUGCAUUAAGAACAUGCAGAUGGAUACAUAAAACAGGUAAUUUCGUUGUAGGCGGCGACAGAAGUUCACUUGUAUUUUAUUCAUUCGGGAAAAACAAAUUACUAAAUACAGUAGAGAAUGCAGCAGUUGGACCUGUUCGUUCUAUUGCUGUUCAUCCAUCAGAAAACUUAAUUCUUUCAUGCGGAGAUGACAAAUUAGUCAAGUUAUGGGACAUUUCAAACGAAAAAUGCAAGUUAGUUCGAGUGUUUUCGGCCCAUUCAAAGCUAGUAAUCGAUGUAAAAUGGAGUUUACGCGAGCCAACAAAUUUUGCAUCUUGUUCCUAUGACGGCACAGUAAUAUUUUGGGAAACUAGUAGUACAACACCAAUGUUUACUCUAAAGGUAUGCUCAUUAUGCGUGAAUUGCAUAUCAUUUGCCUCAGUUAGAGAAAAAUCUCAAUUUGCAGCGAGUACAGAUGAUCAUAACAUCUAUAUUGUUGAUAUACAGUCAAGAUCAGUAGUUACUAAACUCGAAGAACACGAAAAUAACGUUUCUAGAGUCGAAUUACACCCUACACGACCAAUUUUAAUUUCUGUUUCUGAAGAUUCUAAAGCAAUUGCAUGGUCAUCAUCAACAUACAAGAAAGAAAACACGAUAUUAUCAAACUACAAACGCAUGUGGUCACUUGCUUUCUCAAAUAAUUUACCAUUUUUCGCAAUUGGAUGCGAUGAUGGUUUAUCUGUUUACAAAUUUACGAUGGAUGGCAUUCCAAUGUCAUUAGAUAGCUCAGGAAAGAUCAUAGUAAGCCAUACAAGUGAAAUUGUCACUGCAAAUCUGAAAGAAUUACAAAAUUUAUCUGAUAAUUCGGAAUUACAAUUAGUUUACAAAGAUGCGUUGACAACAGACUUCCAACCUGAAUAUAUGAAACACUCUCCAAACGGUAAAUUCGUUUAUAUUUGCGGAAGUGGAGAAUAUGUAAUUUAUUCAACGCUUGGAUUCCGAAAUAAGGCUUAUGGUAAUGGCAAAAUGGUCGCAUGGUCAUCAAAUAGUACAGAUUUUGCGGUUUUGACGGAAAACGGAGAUGUCGAAAUUCAUCUCGGAAAUGACGAGCCAAAAUUGAUCAAAAACAGCUACGCGACAAAUAUAUUUGGUGGAUAUUUGUUAGGUAUCCAAAAUUCUUCAUCUUUGACUUUCUAUGAUUGGAAAUCAAACGAAAUUAUCCGAAAAAUCGAAAUCGAAGCUGAAGACGUCAUCUGGGAUGGCCAAAGGAAAAUAGCCAUCAGAACAAAAGACACUAUAUUUGUUUUGUCCUUUAACAGUGACUAUUCUCUGUUGGAAUCCGAACAAACAGGUUACAGUGACAGUUUUUCGAUUCUUUUUACGUAUGAAACUGCUUCUACGUCCAUCUGUUUCGCUAAUGGAGUUCUUCUGUUCACGAAUGAAACGUUCUUGUACAGAUGUGUCCUUGGAAUAUAUACUGUUCACUCGAAAAUGUUGAAACAAAAUAAGAUUCUCGGUUACCUUCAGAAAGAAAACGUUUUGAUAGUAUCUGAUCAUCUUGGUAACCUGACAAGUAUAUGUUUACCCCUUUCUCUCCUCGAUUUUGAAUUAUUAGUUUCUGAUAAUUUAAUUGAAGAAGCGACAGAGAAAGCUGAUAGCAUUCCUGACAACUUUAGAGCAAAGGAAGCAAGAGUAAUGCGCCAAAUUGGCCAAAGAAAGCUUGCUUUGUCAGUUGCAAACGAUAAACAGUCAAGAUUUGACAUUGCAGUCGAAUUAAAUGACUUAACUGAAGCAAAUAAUAAUGCUUCUGACGAAACUCAGUAUAAGAAAGUCGCAAGGAUGGCUUUGGAACAAGGAAAUUAUGAAAUUGCUGUUGAAUCACUGAAAAAUUGCCAUGAUUAUUCAACAUUAUUAUUGUUAUAUAAAGGCAGAGGUGAUGCUGAUGGCGUUAGAGAGCUAAUUGACUUGUCUUCUUCGAAAGGACAAUUAAAUGUUGCUUUUACUUGUGCAAUGCUGAUUAAUGAUAAAAGGAGAGCUGUUGAGAUCUUGAUACAAAGCAAAUUAUACGCAGAAGCAACUCUUUUAGCGAGAUCUGCUGUUCCUGAAAUGGUGAAUGAAUGUUUUAAGCUAUGGAAAGAGAAUGCAAUCAACCAAAAAGUGGCUGACUCUCUUGCUGAUCCACAAGAAUAUCCGAAUUUGUUUGAAUAA